AUGGCACGAGUAGAGGAAGCAGUAAGCUUCAAACUUUUCGGGACGGUGAUCCAAAAGGGGAACAGACAAGCCAAGGAGGAAGAGGAGAAGCGGGUGGAGGCGCAGGAAGAGGCGGCGGCGCUGCCGUGCCCGAGGUGCAAGAGCAAGGAGACCAGGUUCUGCUACUUCAACAACUACAACGUCAACCAGCCGCGCCACUUCUGCAAGGCCUGCCACCGCUACUGGACAGCCGGCGGCACCCUCCGCAGAAACGUUCCCGUCGGCGCUGGCCGCCGGAGGGGUCGCCCCGCACACCGCAUAGGAGCCUCCGCCGCAGCCGCAGCAACCGCAUCCAUCCCUUCUGUCUGCGUCCUGGUGUGCCAGCCGUCUGGCUACUCUGACGGGGCGGCGGCGAUGGAUCGCUGGCUCCUGACACCAGACGCCCCGGCGAUAGUUGACCGCAGGCACAGUGGUGGACCUCGUUGA